AUGGCUCCUGCUGAGAAGAAGUGGGAUGCCAACGCUGAGCGCGACCUCUGCGUUGCCAUCAUCAUGGGCUCCGCGGAUGGUGAUCGCCUGCGCUACAACUGGCCCAAGGUACACAGUUCCAUGGAGGCCCUUGGGUACUCUUUCACCAAGGAUGCUAUCUCGCAGCACUUCAGCAAGUCCAUCAUGCGCGACUUCAAGGGCCGCCAUGGCGACGUCUCCUCCAACAACUCCCCCGCCCCAACUCCCAAGAAGGCCACCCCCCGCAAGCGAGCUGCUCCUCGCAAGAAGAAGGCGGCUUCUGAAGAAGAGGAUGACGAUGUUGACGUGUCUCCUGCCGCCAAGAAGAUGAAGCGCAAGAAGGAGGAGGAGGAAGAGGACGAUGACCACAAAUCGAGUGACUUCAACGCUGCUCAGAACCAGCGUGAGCGCAGUGCUACGGCUACUGGUGCCGAUGACAAGUUCGCAAAGUGGCUUGCUAGCGGUAACCUUGCUAUCGAUUGA